ACAAAAGUGAUUAUUGCCAGUCCCAGCCCUUUUUCAUCACUGACGCCGUUGCUAAAGUGUUCGCGAGCAACUUCAGGUUAGCCAACCAUGCAGAACGAGGCCGGAGAAUACGUCGAUCUGUACAUUCCCCGCAAGUGCUCUACGAGCAACCGCAUCAUCCACGCCAAGGACCAUGCUUCCAUCCAGAUCAACUUGGCAAUUGUAGAUGAGCAGUCCGGCCGGGCGACCGGUGAAACUACGGCCUACGCCAUCUGUGGUGCCAUCCGCCGCAUGGGGGAGUCUGACGACUGCAUAACGCGGUUGGCGCAGAAAGAUGGCUAUAUUCCAAAGGACUACUGAUGGAAGCUCAUAAAUAAACAUUGGUAACCACCGAAA